AUGGUGCCCAACGCGGCGACGGCGGAGGAAGAGCUGGAGGAGGUCUCUGGUAGGCAGCUCCUGCAGGGUCCCCCGGAGGAGGAAGCGGCUCCCCUCCCCCAGGUGCUAGUCCAGGUCCGGCGCACGAUAGAGGAGGCGACCUCUACCGCCGAGGCUGCCUUCCGGCUGGAGUGGGCGGCCCUGGAGAGCGAGCGCCAGCGCUUGGGCGACUGGCACAGCCGCCUGGAGGGGCGCAUAAAGGCCGAAGCCUCCCAUGCUGCACGUGUUUGGUCCGAACUCAAGGCCGACCAAGAGUCCUACCGAGCCAAUCUUCGGAAGGUGUUCGACCGGGAGCUCGCGGUAGCGGGGCGGGAGAAGGCCCUAGAGCGGCGGGAGGCGGCCAUUGCCGAGGCGGAGGCCGGCCUUAUGCUGCAGGAGACCGCCAGCAAGCAGGCUGUUGCCGAGUUGGAGCUUGAGGAGGAUAGGAAGUCCCUUGCAAAGCGGGAAUCCCUCACCACCAACAUGGAGCUCCAGCUCGAACGCCAGCGCGAGGCCCUCAAGUCCCUGAAGGAGUCGGCGGCAAAGAAGGCGGCCCAGCUCGAGGAGAGGACCCGCCAGGUGGAGGCGGCCAAGGCAGCACUGGACGCCCGGGUGCAGGAGGCGGUCCAGAAGCUGCAGGAGGACCAGCUCAGGGGGGCCCAGUGGAUCGUCGACUGGGCGAACGAAGCGAGCUUAGCUCUGACUCUGGCGCCUAGAGCCGAUCCUUGCUGGCCAGCUUGA